CACUUGCUGGAUCUCAAAUAUGAACAGUCCAAUGUUUUCACCAUUGUUAAGUAAGGACGAUUUUGGAAAUCGCAACUGAGUUUCACAGACGUCAGAAAGUCUACCACCCUAAUUUCAAUGAAGACAAGAUGACUACAUUGAGUCAUCGCAGAAGAAUUUCAAGGACACUUUUGUAUGCCAGAAAGGGUGCAUGUACGAGCAUAACAUUUUUAAUUCAUCUGCAUAAUAAGAGGAAAACCUAUCUCCAAAAAUCAAAACAAUUAUCAUCUGUUUUUGGCGUUGGCAGUUGGGUUUGAGUUGUUCUGGUCCCACACAUUUUAAUCUUAAAUUACCUUUUUCUAUCUGGUCUUGACUGUUAAAGGGAGGUUUAGUACAAGACGUCAACGAUGACCUUGACUAUAGCUGCCUGUGACUUUUUAAAUGUAUCAUAUCCCAUUACAGUUCUCUGUUUAAUUUACUGCAUGCAUCCCCUCAUUCCUUGUCUUCAGCUCGGCAUGUCUUGAUAACCCUUGUGCGCUUUCCCUGAGUUUGUCGUCACCAGAAAACCCUCCACCAUGGCCGUCCAUAUACCAGGUCUGAUAAUGAUGUUCCUCUUCUACCUUCUGGUGUUGGGAAUCGGUAUCUGGGCAUCCAUUAAAUCAAAGAAGAUGGAGAAAAACACACACAGUGGACAGCUGGAAGUUUCUUUUCUGGCUAACCGGAAGGUAGGCUUGGCAAUGGGAGUCUUCACAAUGACGGCUACUUGGGUUGGAGGUGCCUUUAUCAUUGGAGUUGCAGAGACGGUUUAUGACCCCACUAAGGGACUCAUCUGGGCUCUUAUUCCUCUGCAAAUGUCAGUUUCCUUUAUUAUUGGUGGACUGUUCUUUGCAAAGCCAAUGCGGGAAAAUAACUACAUCACCAUGAUGGAUCCAUUUCAGAGGAAGUAUGGGAAAACUCUGACCGCAGUUCUUGCCAUUAUUCCUUUCAUCAGUGAAUUGAUGUGGGUUCCAGUCACAUUGAUCUCCUUGGGGGUCACUGUUAGCGUUUUCUCCGAUCUACCUUUAAGUCUUUGCAUCUGGAUCUCCGCUGCAGUAGCCAUCACCUACACUCUUCUUGGAGGUCUCUAUUCCGUUGUUUUCACCGAUGUCGUCCAGCUGUCAUUGGUAUUUUGUAGCUUGUGGCUGUGUACCCCCUUUGUUCUGGCUAGUGAGGUUUAUACUGACAUCACUAAAACAGCUUUCAACAACACCUCUCAGGCCUCCUGGAUUGGCCACAUUGAACCUGAUGACGUGUGGAGAUGGAUUGAUAAUUUCCUAGCAAUGAGUGUUGGAAAUCUGGCAUUUCAAGACUUCCACCAAAGGAUUCUUUCCUCCAGCUCCACGUCUACAGCCAGGAUGAUCUGUUUUAUAGCGGCAGGUGUCGUCCUCGUUAUUGGAAUUCCACCUGUGCUGAUCGGUGCUGUCGCAGCCUCAACAGACUGGAACUCCACCACAUAUGGUUCUCCUUCUCCGUAUGAGCGAGGAGAGGCGGCCAUGGUAUUGCCCAUCAUCCUUCUGCAUCUUACCCCAACAACCAUUUUUGUUGUUGGUAUGGGAGCCAUCGCCGGUGCUGCAAUGUCAUCCACCGAUUCGUGCCUGUUGGCAGCAACCUCCAUCUUCACCACCAACAUCUACAAGAUCAUCAGACAUAAGGCAUCGCACAGAGAGCUGCAGUGGGUGAUUCGCGUCUCCAUAGCGGUGGUAGGGAUUGUGGGAACUUCCCUCACCCACCUGGACAGCAGCAUCUUGGCGUUCUGGAUCCUGAGCUCAGACCUGACUUACACCAUAAUGCUCCCUCAACUCAUCUGCAUCCUCUUCAUCAGGGUUUCCAACGGCUACGGGGCCAUUACAGGCUAUGUCGUUUCUUUUGUGAUGAGAGUUCUGUGUGGAGAACCCGUGUUCAAUCUUCCUGUCAUCCUGCAUUUCCCAGGUUGCACAUGGAAGGACGGGGUUUACAUUCAGCACUGGCCUUUUAAGACUAUUUGCAUGCUGUCCGCCUUGAUCUCCAUUGUGAUGAUUUCCUAUGUGGCUUCAUUCCUGUUCAACAAGGAUAUCCUUCCUGAGAGGUGGGACGUGUUCAAGGUGAAACACCAGAAAACACCAACAGAUGGCGCCAAAGGGUGCGAUGGAGAAAAGGCUGCUGCUACUAAUGAAAAUGAACCGAUGCUUGAAACAGGUUGCUAAUUUUCAAUUUCUAUUGACUUUAUGUCUUGUUUUAUUUUUGUAACAUUGUUUUUGGUGUAAAUAAUGUUUUCAAGUUUUCAUAAUCAAACACCAAUCACUUUUUAAGAAUGUUUCAGUAAUUACUACACUUCUAUUCCUUCUGCAC